AUGACACCAGCGGCUCCAUUUGAAGCACUGUUACCUAAAGCAAGAUUUCGAAACCUACAACAACGUGCUUUCGGAUCAGCUUGUGCUACUGUGAAUGGCAUUAAGAAGGCGUCAAAGAUGAAAAUCGAAAACAAAGGGUCACUGCAAUCUUUAUGCCAAGGAAUGGAAAGCUGUGAAGAAGUGGAUGACCAUUCCCCAAGGCGUGGACAUUUUUUCCAUCGGUCAAAUAGUAAUGAUGGCACCCCGAGCACAUCAAGGUGCUUAGGUGACAGCCAUAUUGAAGUCAGCGAUGAAGAUCAUGAUGUGUGUUCUUCUCGACGUGAACAUGUGAAGAAAGCAGAAGCUGUUGGGUCUAAAGGGCGACGUGAAAUAAAAAUAGACGAACACUACAUGAAAGAAGAAUGCAUAGAUUCCAUACUUGAUGAUCGCUAUCCCUUUUUGGAUGGUAAUAACCACCGGAACUACUAUAUCAUCAGAAGUGAUGGACGGCUUGCAGAAGUUUUUCGCACAGACCUUUUUGAUAGGCUUCGGAAGGGAAUAGGUGCUAAUGAGGAAAGCGAUGAUGACGAUGUGCCUGGCAAUGGUUUAGCACGGAUGACAGAUAGGUGGCGCGCAGAGUGGAGCAAUGGCAUCCAGAUUCCUCUUCGGGCAGUUAAUCCAAACCCGGCUGAAGUUCGGAAGGCUGUUGUUAAAAGGAUGUCAUCUAAGCUCAGUCGCAUUCUUCGAGAAAGGCACGAGGUUAUAAGGGAAUUUCUGGCAAACCCUUACGAUCCCAUUAGAAACACACCUCUUCGCCUCUACGAAUGCACCAUUUUGGAUGAGUUGUGGGUAAAGCUUUUCAACGAGCAGCAGAUGCGCAACGGUAGCACUCAGUUGUCUAUGGAAGUAUUUCUGCAAGUAAUGAACUCGUUUGAAGUAGAGUGUUACAAGAAUAUUCACCGAAAACUCCUGGAACCGCUUCACUCUCCAAGUUCACGACUGGAAGAUGGCGAUGAGGAAGCUGCUUGUGACAUCUGUCUAGCGGUCGAUAGUGAGCCUGAUGAUGAAAUGGUAUUCUGUGACGGUUGUAAUUUAUGUGUUCAUAUGUCCUGUUAUGGUUUGCAAGAGUUGCCACCCGACGAAUGGUUGUGUAUGAAAUGCCGGCUGUGUUUUGGACGUAAUCCUCCCUGUGUGUUAUGUCCAACUAUAGGCGGUGCAUUGAAGUGCACAGACACGAAUCAAUGGGCACACGUAGUGUGCGCGUUAUGGAUACCCGAAUGCCGGUUCGGCGAUUUCGAAAAACGAGAACCCGUAACUCGCUUGCACGAGAUAAAGGAAGAAAGAUGGAGUGCCAAAUGUUCGAUAUGUGACACAAGGCAAGGUGCUUGUAUCAAAUGUUCUGUAGAUUCCUGUCUAUCGUCCUUUCACGCCACAUGUGCUCUUCGUAGCGGAUUAGAAAUGCGAAUCGAGCAGGAUCCGGUUGAUGACAGAAUUCACAUGAUAUCACUAUGUCCAAAGCAUCGUUCUGCGAAACCUUUCAAGAAGGAUGUUGAUGAGGCUUGUGAACCAAGUCAGGCUGCGUCUGAUGAUGAAACUACCGGGCACGAUGGUUUCAGUCCUUUGGCAAAGCUCGAGCAAUCUUGUUACGAGUUUGUUGAUCCUGCGGCCACCGCUGCAGAGUUAAAAGUGGAUUUGGUGCAAGUACAGGAAGUGUUUGCCUACUGGGUGAAAAAGCGCCUCCAUCUCAAUAAGGGAAGACCGCUUAUCGAAAAUCUUCAAGAUGAAAUCAAAGUGGUGGAACCGGAACCUCCGCAGCUCGAGUUGCCCGCAUACAAUGAAUCAAAUGUUUCGCCACCCGUUCAAGUCAAAAGGAAACGCGGCCGUCCAAGGAAAAAUCCAGUUGAGCAAGGUGCGACGGUGUCAGUUACUGAGAACAAGGCCGAUGAUUUGGAGAAGCUGCAUGCAAAGCAAAGGUUGGAACACUCCCUCGUUCAGGGAAGACAACUUCUUGAUUUGGUGGUGAGGAAGUGCAAGGAACAGCGGAAUUAUUUGAACGCUCAUAUGGGUGCACUGUUGCUAAUCACAGAGCAUCUUUCGAAGCCGCUCCCACUCAGCCACAGGAAAGACAAAUAUUUAAACGAUACUUUGCAGAGCAUUUGUUUGAAAGAAGUAAUAGAUGAAGGUGAACGGCGUGCUGAUGAAAUAUGUGGUCUUAGCGAAAUGGUAACAUCAAGAUAUGAUCAGCGGCAAUCGUCGGAGUCGACUCCUGUUUCUACAUCAUCAUCGGAAUCAUAUCAUCCCCCUACUCUACGAAAUAGUUCAUCCGCUAUGCAAAAGAUUUAUGCUGGCAAUAAUCCAAUCCCGCCGUCCGAUUCAGUGCCUUGUCGAUCACGUUCGAAUCUUAAGAAAAAUCCGAAAAGAGGUGUUAAUACGAAGCAGCCGCGUGACGAGUCUGAAGAUUUCGAGGAGCAAAGUCGUAAUCGUCGAAAGAGUUUAAGGAGUUCAGACAAGCCUGUCGAAAAUGGAAUUGAAGAAGUCUUAUCUCGGACCCGGGAUCUUGAAGCUGGUCCUAUUAACGAGAACGGAAUUGAAUCGUCGUCACAUACUCCAACUACUCACCAUAAAAAUGAGAAGGUUGUCGUUGUGGAUCCAAAUGCUGCGAGUAUUACUAGCACAGCAGAUGAGCAGGGAGAUAUCAGUAUAAGCCACGAUACAUCUAUGGAGAUAAAGAAUUCCUCUUCAAAGGUUUCAAGAAGACAGUCUCGACUGCGGCAUAGGUCUGAUUCGAAAGCUGCUGCCAAUUCACCGAAAUCGCCUUCUCCGAAACGCCAGCGAAGUACGCAAGCGAUCGACACAAAGCUGAGACUGUUAAAGUCGUUGAAUCUGAAAAACGCAAACAAGGACUUUAAAAACCGGUGGGGUAUUUCUUGA